AAUAAAAUCGAUUUACUUUUAUAACGCGUGUUUGUCAAACCUGAAAUGCGCCAAUUUGUAGCCAUGCAGCGUCAGGAUGCCUCAAAUUGUCCUUAACACUAUACCAAAGUCCUGUUUCUGCACUGAGCAUAAUGGAAGGAGUUCUGUACAAGUGGACUAAUUACAUGACAGGUUGGCAGCCACGCUGGUUUGUGUUAAACAAUGGGAUCAUUUCAUAUUAUGACUCGCAGGAUAAUGUCUGUAAAGGCAGUAAAGGUAGCAUAAAGAUGUCAGUGUGUGAAAUUAAAGUUCACCCAACUGACAGUACCAGACUAGAGCUGAUCAUACCAGGAGAGCAGCAUUUCUAUGUGAAAGCUGUAAAUGCAGCUGAGAGACAGAAAUGGCUGGUAGCACUGGGGAGCUCAAAGGCUGGGCUUGUCGACACAAGAACCAAAAAAGAAAGAGAAUUAACAGAAACCACAGAAUCCCUGAAAACCAAAAUGUCUGAACUGCGCCUGUACUGUGACUUACUAAUGCAGCAGGUUCACACCAUUCAGGAAUCUGUGGAGCUGGAAGGAGACCAUGCUGAGGUAUGUUUGCAGACAAGAAACGAGGCGUCUUCUUUGCUGAGUGCUACAUGUAAUACCUUCAUUCACACCCUGGAGGAAUGUAUGAAGAUUGCCAAUUUGAAAUUCCAGACAGACAUGUUGCACUCGAGUCCUUCAGAUCCACUUAUGUCGCCCAUCUCCCCUUCACCCAUCCAAAUUGCCAGAAUAAAACGCUCCAUCAGCCAUCCGGGUACCUACACCUAUGACAGGUCUAGUAUGCCGAAAGAGUGUGUUACUGUGUCCAGGACGUCACAGAGACGCACACGGACAUGCUCAGAUAUCGAAGCUCUUAGUGACGGUGGAGCAGAUGAGAUGGAACGUCUCGUGUUUUUCCCCAAAGCCAGUCUGAAUGGUGACACAGCACCUGUGAUUCCUGAAGAAACUGGAACAGGAAUGGGACUCAUGUUGGAAACUGACACUCCAGAAUCGGACCUUUCACUUUAAGCUCUGAUUUUUCGGGGGCACCUUAUGUGAAGGAAACAUAAUAAUGUGCAACUGAUGUUCCCAGUCUCACAUUAAUGGUGUUUAGGAAGUAUUAUUGCCCUUAAUGAAGCCUUUUGUUGCACUUUAAUGAGAUAAUAGCAGAAAAAGUGUGUCCAUUUGAAUGUUUGUAUUUCUCCAGGCCUUUUUACCUGCUUUAUUUGCCAAGAUAGUGGUAGAUUUUGGAUUGAGAAAGGCCUAUUUGAGCCAUUUAGUAACGAAAAUUCAGUUUGGAUUUUACAUGUGAUGUGUAGUCUACUUUGUUUUUAGUGAAAAAUUUUGACAAAUGAACUGUAAGUGUACUGAUAGUGGGAUUCUGCUGAAUUUGUAAAAGAUGUGCAUAAUAGUUUUAUUAUUUUAAGUUAACGGUCAUUCAGACCUUGUAUGUGGAAAAUGUCUCACUGCAGACAAACUUAAAAUGUACAAAGCUUACAAUGAUUGUGAUAAAAACCAUGGACUAAACUUUAAUACAAUCUUCA